AUGGUGAAGGCCGUCGCUUCAGUCAGCAGCUGAAGAGGGCUUGGAGCGCCUCUGCUGAAAGCACCUCGAUACGAUAGACACCGUGCCCUAAUUGUCCGAUGGGCUGCUCGAUUCAACCGUAGCUCGCGUAGAAAGUCGAUAUCUCCUUCCUCCAUCUUGCUACUCGAGAGUAGUGUCCUGCUCAACACUUUCUGUCUUCAAGGGGCACAAUGGAGGCAUCCGACCAGAGCCAGGCGAAGCUCACUCUAUCGUUUGGUGGCAUCCAGCACGCCUUCAGCGUACCGAUAGAGGACCUGAGUGCUUUGCAGGACCAGAAAGAUGCUUUCCUUCGCUCUCGUUCCCAAGCAUCACUCUCCGAGACUCGCGAGCCAUGCUCUCCCGCCGAGCUGAUGCUGGAUUAUCUCGAGUUCCUCUCAUGCCGCAAUCUUCCACCACCGUUGACCAAGCCGGUGCUCCUCGCUUUCAGUCGAAACUUCCUCCACAAUACCGAAAUCCACUCGUUGCUCGCAAAACCCGAGUACACCCCGCAAACCAGACGACGCUUGGUCCGAACGUAUUACAUGGCUGCCUUGUCUGCCGCCGAAUCCCAUGUCAAAGAGAGUGCGUUGCUAGACGCAGCCAGACAAGGCAAUUUCCAGCUAGCUGCCGUCUUUGGAGGCCAAAGCACAGCGAAUCCAGCAUGCGUUCGGGAACUGGCGGAGCUUUUUGCGGCAUACACGCCUUUUCUCGGGGACCUGAUCAGCACCGCAGCUCCAACAUUGAGCGCGCUGUGUCGUUUGCCCGAGACAAAGGAGCAUUUCUGCGGCCGGCACAUUGACAUUGAGACCUGGCUGCAUGAUCCCGCCAGCAUUCCAGAUGGUGAUUUCAUUGCAACGGCGCCUGUGAGCUGCCCGGUUGUCGGUCUGUUAAAUCUUGCACAUUACGCGGUGACCUGCCAUGUCCUCGGCAAGACUCCCGGCGAAUUGAGGUCCCAUUUACAGGGUGUAACGGGCCAUUCGCAGGGAAUUGUGGCCGCAGUGGCUAUAUCCCUGUCCGAUUCAUGGGAGUCCUUUUACGAAGCUGCCAGAAUGACCGUCGAGACUCUGUUCUGGAUCGGGUUUGAAUGCCACCAGAGAUCCCCACGGACGUCUGUCUCACUCGACCAAGUGCAGGAUAGCCUGCAGAAUGGCCAUGGUCGACCGUCGUGCAUGUUGAGUAUCGUGGGCCUGUCCAGAGCGCACAUCCAGGACAUUCUUCUGAAGCUCAACCGGAGCUUGCCCGAGGACGAACAGGUGUAUCUGGCGCUCGAUAACGCCAGGGAUAGCUUUGUAGUCGCGGGUCCGUCGUGCUCGCUGGUCCAUUUGCAUACAUAUCUGCGGAGUUUGAAGGCGGAUGCUUCUAUCGACCAGACUCGCAUACCACAUAGUCUUCGCAAACCCACGGUUCAGCAUCAGUUCCUCCCGAUCAGCGUGCCUUUUCAUACCCCGUAUCUGCAAGAAGCGGCUCGAGCCAUUAAGGAACGUCUAUUUCCUUGGAGGGUUGUCUCGGGGAAAUUGACAAUCCCUGUUUAUGACAAUCGGACGGGAAAUGACCUCCGCAAGUCAGAUAAUGUCAACUUGAUCCAUACUAUGGUCGAUUCAAUUUGCUGGGAACCCUGCAGCUGGCCGGCUGCUCUCGGCAUCGAGAACAUAUCACACAUUGUAGCAUUUGGCAGCGGUGGAGUCGGGGAGCUGGCGAUGAGACUCAAAGACGGCCAAGGGGUCCGCGUCAUCAUUGGAAGCGAGUUUCAGAGCCGAGAUGAGGAGAUUGGGACCAAGGCUGAUCUCUUCUCUCCUACCCUCCUGGCCUCGUCAACAAUCGUUGGGAGCUGGGGGGAGCGAUUCCGUCCUCGACUGUCAAAGUCCCCUACGGGAGAAGUCAAGAUAGAGACCAAGUUGAGCAGGCUGCUCGACACUCCUCCUCUGAUGGUAGCUGGUAUGACGCCUACAACGGCAGCUUGGGAUUUUGUUUCUGCCAUUACAAAUGCAGGGUACCAUGUUGAGCUCGCUGGCGGGGGUUAUUACGACAUGGAUGCUAUGGCCGUUGCUGUCAAAAAGCUCGUGGCCAGCAUCCCCCCCGGCCGGGGCAUUACCUGCAAUGUGAUCUACGCGAGUCCUCAGACGUUGUCCGGCCAGGUUACUCUGCUGCGGCGUCUUUCUUCUCAAGGACUCCCCAUCGACGGGUUGACCAUUGGCGCUGGCAUCCCGUCCCUGGAGGUAGUUUCAGAAUACAUCCAAGCCCUAGGUCUCCGCCACAUAUCCUUGAAACCGGGAUCGAUCACGGCGAUUCGUGAAGUAAUCGAGAUUGCCAAAGCCCAUCCCGAUUUCCCCAUUAUUUUGCAAUGGACCGGUGGGAGGGGCGGCGGGCACCAUUCCUUCGAAGAUUUCCACGCCCCCAUCCUCCGUACAUAUGGCGCUCUCCGCAGAUGCUCCAACAUCAUCCUCGUAGCCGGCAGCGGCUUCGGUGGCAGCGAGGACACAUAUCCUUACCUGAGCGGGACCUGGUCAGCCCAAUAUGGGCUACCAGCAAUGCCGUUUGAUGGCAUCCUCCUGGGCAGCCGGAUCAUGGUUGCGAAAGAGGCACACACAUCUCCCGCCGCGAAGCGGCUGAUCACAGAGGCUUCCGGGGUAUCUGACAGCGACUGGGAGAAGACGUACCAAGAGGCCACCGGCGGCGUCAUUACCGUCGUCUCCGAGAUGGGACAACCGAUCCACAAGAUUGCCACGCGAGGAGUGCUCUUCUGGGCCGAAAUGGACAAGACGAUCUUCAGCCUGCCGCGCACGAAGAGGGUCCCCGAGCUCCUGAAGAGGAGGGACUACAUUAUCAAGCGACUCAAUGCGGACUUUGCGAAGCCCUGGUUUGGGCAGAAUUCCAAGGGAGAGCCCGUGGAUCUGUCUGAGAUGACAUACAUUGAGGUGUUGCGCCGUCUGGUAGCUCUGAUGUACGUCUCGCACCAGAGCCGCUGGAUUGACCCGUCUUACAUGACAUUGCUCAUGGAUGUGUCGGUUCGCAUCUUGGAGAGAUUCUCCAUUGUAGACGAGCUAGACGACGCCUUGGUGCUGCGCGAACCCCAUCGUUUCGUGGAAAACAUAGUCCGAUUAUGCCCUCCAGCCGCCCAUGACAUUCUGAGCCCGGAGGACGUGGCAUGGUUCCUGUUGCGGUGCAAGGCUCGCGGUCAAAAGCCGGUCAAUUUUAUCCCUGCUCUGGACGACGACUUUGAAACCUUCUUCAAGAAGGACUCCCUGUGGCAGUCCGAGGAUGUCGAUGCGCUCAUUGACCAGGAUGCCGGUCGAUGCUGCAUCCUCCACGGACCCGUGGCGGCUCAAUACUCGCAGGAUCGCGAUGAGCCGGCCAAGGAGAUCCUCGACGGGAUCACUCAGUCGUGGAUAGACAUGAUCCGACACGACUUUUACCCCGGAGGCGUGACCCCAUCCUCGGACAGUGGUAGUCUCUCCUCGGAGUCGUGGUCUGUCCUCACGCCGGAUUUAACAUCCAGGGAUGAGUCUGCGCUGUUAGACAUCAUCCCGGAGAUGCAGGCCUAUUGCCCAUCAAUAUCAAGUCUUGGUCGGUCUGGCAGCCCUUGGAUCCACGCCCUCCUCUCCGACGAAUUCAUCCUGCAGGGCCGUGACCGCAGGCCGAAUCCGUGCCGACGAGUGUUUCAUUUCGGCCCUGGAGGCUCUCUGCAGUUUGACCGAGCAAAGUCGGAGAUUACUGUGUCCAUGGAAAACCAUGCGGGCAACAGGUCCGUGAUGAGGAUCGUGUGCGAGAACGGUGCUGACAUCUCCGUCGAUCUCCAGCAACCAAGUGCAUACACGGACGAGAUGGUCUCUCUUCCUCUGAAAUUCCAGUAUGAUCCCGGAAUGGUUCCUGUGGGGAUCAGCGAAGUAAUGGAGGGACGCAACGAGCGGAUAAAGUCGUUUUAUAGCAAGGUCUGGUUCGGCGAAGACAUCUGCCGCGGCAUGAAUGCCCGGUCUGUCUUCCACGGCUCGGAAAUGGCACUGACAGAGGCCAUGCAUCGGGACCUGCUGUCGACGGUCAGCCUUGCAUAUCCUCACAGCGAAACGGCCCUCAGUGGGGUGGACGUAUUCCCCAUCAGUGUCGGGAUGUUUCCAGUCUGGGACGCGAUGGCCAGGCCGCUGGUGGUCAACGACAUCGACGGUGACUUGCUUCGUCUGGUUCAUGAGUCCAACACAUUCGAAUACUGCGAGGCCUCCACUCCUCUCCGCGUGGGAGACGUGGUUUCUUCAACGGCAGCUGUUCGUGCCGUGUAUAUCGAGGACGCUGGCAAGCAUGUCGUUGUAGAAGCGAGCAUUGAGCGUUCAGGCAAGCCGGUCAUGAAGGUCGUCUCCACGUUUCUUUUCAAAGGCGUCUUCAAUGACUGGAAUUCCACCUUUAAGACCAACAAGGAGCCUGAAUUGGUCCUCGACGUCCAGUCGGAUCUGGAUGAACUGGUCCUGCGUGACCGCGAAUGGCUCCUCCUUCACGAUCCCUCCCAAUCCCUUGUUGGAUGCAGUCUUCUGUUCCGACUGGAGACGCAGGUGACGUGGAAGAACAGGAACACGUACAGAAGUCUUGAUGUGUCCGGUCUCGUGUUUCUUCAACAGGCCAGUGAUGAUCUGAAGGAGAUCGGAGCCGUUGCUUUCCACGCAGGAGAAUGCGUCGGCAAUCCAGUCUUGAGCUUCCUGCAGCGCAAGGGUAGCCCAGCCACUUCACCAACACCCUUGACAAGCCCAGGCUGGCCAGGAGUCUCUUCGCUCGAAGUGCAGCUCCCGACCAGCAAUGAGAUGUACACGAGAACCUCCAGGGAUUACAACCCGAUCCAUGUCUCUCCGCUGUUCUCGCAAUGGGCCGACCUGCCCGGCACCAUCACCCAGGGAAUGUACACUUCCGCCAUCUCUGCGGCCGUGCUGGAGCACCUGGCAUUGAAUGGCGACCGCCGGCGGUUCCGUCGCUUUUCUGCUCGGUUUACCGAUAUGGUCCUGCCGGGUGACAGGUUGUUGGUUAACGUGAAGCAUGUUGGCUCCAUUCAAGGCCGCAUGUUGUUCAAUGUCUCGGCGUUCAAGCAGGCCACCAACAACAUGGUCCUGGAGGCAGAGGCAGAGCUAGAGCAGCCUCCAACAGCAUUUUUCUUCACGGGACAAGGCAGUCAGAAGCCCAAUAUGGGCAUGGAUCUCUACAAUAGCAGUCCUGUUGCGAAGGCCAUCUGGGACGAGGCGGAUAAGUACAUCUUCGAGACCUAUGGAUGGUCAAUCCUCGACAUUGUCAAGAACAACCCGAAAACCCUGACCAUUCAUUUCCGCGGCAAACACGGCCGCAAGAUCAGAGCCAACUACCUGUCCAUGGAAAACAAGACCGUCACUCCCGACGGUCAGAUUGUGAAGAAGCCCAUCCUCCCCGGCCUCACCGAUCAGACACAGUCGUAUACCUUCACCGAACCCAGCGGCCUCUUGUUCUUUUCCACCUUCGCCCAGCCAUCGAUCGUCGUGAUGGAAAAGGCCACGUUCGAGGACAUGCGGAGCAAGGGACUUAUCCCCCAGUCGGCAGUGUUCGCUGGCCACUCCCUGGGUGAAUAUGGGGCGCUCUUGGCUUUCUCGGGGUUCAUGUCGGUUCGGAAUCUCGUUGACCUUGUUUUCUACCGUGGUCUCUCGAUGCAGUUUGCCAUGGAGCGUGAUGAACGUGGAGAAACGAACUUCGGCAUGGUUGCUGCUAGCCCUCAGCGCGUGGGGAAGUUCUUCACGGAAAGCCACCUGCGGUCCCUGGUCCAAAUGAUCUCCAUAGCAAGCCAUGAGUUGCUCGAGAUGGUGAACCUCAACAUUGAGAAUGAGCAAUAUGUCUGUGCCGGCACACUCCAUAAUCUCCAUGUCCUGGGACAACUGCUAGACCAUCUCUCCCAGGAUACUGAAACCCAGCUACUGCUCGAGGAAAUGUCUACCACCGAGGACCGGACUACCACAAAGCUCUACAAGUUAAUCCUCAAAUCGAUACCGGCAACGAAGAAACUACCCAUGCCGAUCAGAUUGCAGCGUGGGAGGUGCACGAUCCCCAUUCCGGGCAUCGACGUCCCAUUCCACUCGAGCUACCUGCGGUCAACGGUGUCCUCGUAUCGUAAAAUUUUGCAGCAGUACAUUUCGGAAGAGGACGUUCAUUUGGAGAGACUGGUUGGUCGGUGGAUUCCCAAUGUCACGGCGAAGCCGUUUAUGGCGGAUGAGGGAUAUGUAAGGGAGGUCUUUAACAUCACGCAGAGCCCAAUAUUGAAGGAGAUGCUAGAGCUGUAGGCGUAUAGUUGUAUAGAGCAUUGCUAGCUGUGUCGUCUGCAUUAAAGAAGGAUCUAGUCCUUUGGUCUAUCUACAAUUUCAUACAACCAUGUCGGUUUAUUUUUCUCUCCAAUAAAGACCGCCGGUUGCAUACGGGAUUUUCUUCCAUCAUCGUCAUCGUCUUUUCCUUUCUAUCUUGGUGCUCACCUUAGCUUACUGAGUAGAUCUGGGUAGGGUGCGUGCUGGAGUGAGCAGCAGGUAAGAUGUAGCCUCAAUGAAAUGCUCCCAGCUAUAGGGUUUUUGACCA